AUGGCCCGGCCGUAUUUGUUUCUCCUCGCAAUCAUAGCGACCAUUUUCUCUCCUGCCACAGCCGGUUUAUGCAACUUUUGGGACACCGAGUGCGUCGACCCGCUCGCUCAAACCGCCAUCUCCAUCACAUUCCCUCCGCUCUUCCUGGAAUCGAUCAACUUCUACUAUGCCUUUGAUGCCGACGCUCGAGGCAAGGGCCAGGAGCCGAUGACAAAGGCCGGUUUCUGGAUUGGAUAUGAAGCGUAUGUCAACAACUCAGCAAUUGACAUCAACCGCACGUCUGAAAUCGCGGUCCGCGUCGGCAAUCUUACCGGCACGCCGUCGGGAAAUAACAACGGAUGUGAUGGAGUAUGGGGCUCGGAUUGUUCCAUGAACCUCAAGAACUAUCUGCGACAGACUCUUUUUGAUCUUGUCACCAGUGGAAAGUCUUACCAAGACCCUCUUCGCACAGUCAUCGGCUCAUUCCGCGACAAUCCGCCGCCAGUCAAAAACUGCCCGCCGCCAUUGUUUGAUGUCCAACGGUUUCCCGUCGAGGAAUUCGCUGUCGAGAAUGAAGAGGACAUGACGGCGGUUAUAAAGAAAACUGGGAAUAGCGACAGUCCGUGGUCGACUUUCCUGAUCGAUAACAUGACCGCCGCCGAGCAGGCCGAACAAGUGGCCGUUGGGAUAAUUACUCGGACUCCGAUGUAUGGAAGCGCCAUGCCGCGGACUCAGGAGGAAAUCCAGCUCGAGCUUGUUUGCGCCCAAGCACCGUCUCCGGGGACUUCUUCUUCGAGCGACGAUUGA